AUGAAAAUGAUCCGCGCGCACACCGCUCAUUCUCCUCCCGGCAACGCCACCGUCAACGCCACGAUAAGCGCCACCGGCAGAAAUGCUGCUGCUUCUGCUGCGGAGAAGAGGGCUCGUGCCGCUGCCGCUGCCGCGAAACGGCAGCGGCAGCAAGCCGACCCCGAACUUCGAACGAAAGAAGCGGAAGCGCGCCGUAAACGCCACCUGCAAGAAUCUACGGAAGCAAUGACGGCUAGCGCAGCCGAAGCGCAACGUCAACGCCGGCAAGCAAACAUCGAAGCGGCGCGGCAACGCGAGUCGGCGGCGAAGGCAGCGAAACGCUUGAAGCAAUUGUUGCAACCCGGCACGGAUGGCGCGGACGCGCGGUUCAAGCGCGCGUUCCUCUACCGGAGCUUCGGACACAGCUGCAAGGUUUGCGACCGCUUGUGGUUCGAUAAGAAUUUGACCAAGAUCGCCAGCAUCAAGAACGAGCAGUCCCGCGCCAAUGCCAUUGCCGUGCUGCAGCGAAAGUUAGCCACCGACGAUAAUCACGGUGAGUACUCGGUCUGCUCUACGUACAAAGGUUCAUUGGUGGCAGGCAAAGUCCCCGCGAUGAGCCUGACUAACGGCUACCGCUACCCGCCGAAACUCGAGCACUUGCCCGAGCUCAACCCGGUGGAGGAACGGCUGAUCGCGCCACGUCUACCGUUCAUGAGCAUCCGGCGGCUAACGCACGGCAACGGCCAGUACGGGAUCAAGGGCCAAGUGGUCAACGUGCCCAUCGAAGUUCAGGAUCUCGUGCAGUGCCUGCCUCGGAACGUUCCGGAAGACGCGGCGAUCGACGUUCACAUCAAACGUAGACUCGUCAGCAAGGCCUCGUACAGGCGCGGUCUUGUCAAGAAGGGCACCGUCCACGUGCAACUCUUUACGGAACUUUAG